GAUGUAACUGAUCGUCCGCAAUCAUUUACUUUCAUUUCGCUCCUCGCCAAUUUUUCCCAUCGUUCUCUCUGUUUUCGUAUCUAGCGAUAUAUAUAUCUAUACAGAUUUGGAUUCUUGUUUUCUAUUUCUUUCUCAAGAAAAGAUAAAUACAUAUAUAUAUUUUAAUCAAAGAUUAGAUCAGAGAAAAAUGGUUGAAACAAGGCGAAGCUCGUCUUCUUCAAAGCGCGCCCUGUCGUCUCCAUCCUCUUCUUUACCUAACGGCAAAAGAUCUAAGGCGGCGGAGGCUUCAUCUUCAUCAACGAAUGAUUCACCGGCGGUGGAGGAAGUGGUAAGUGAGGCUGUGGUGAAGGAAUCGGCGAGGGAUGAGGUUCGAUCUGUUGAUCUGGCCAUCGGUGGUGGUGCGAAGCAGUCGGAUGUGAAAAAAUUGCCGGAGGCGGUGGUGGAAGGUGAGCCUUUGAUUUUUCCGAUAACUAUAGUUGCCUCUGUAACUGAUGCAGAGGAAGCGAAAUUGAAUGGACCAGCAGGGAAUCGAGGAAAGAAGGGGCAACUGAAAUCACAUGCUGGGGACGCAUGGGGGAAACUUCUUUCUCAGUCUUCUCAGAAUCCUCAUGUUGUUUUGCAUCAUCCUACUUUCACUGUUGGUCAAGGCAGCCAAUGCGACUUGUGGGUAGGAGAUCCAUCAGUUGGUAAAUCUUUGUGUAACCUGAAGCACAUGGAGUCAGAGGGUGGAGAGUCAAUUACUUUACUUGAAAUAACUGGAAAGAAAGGAUCUGUCCAAGUGAAUGGCAAGUCUUGCACUAAAGAUUCCAUUGUACGACUAAAGGAAGGUGACGAGGUGGUAUUUAGCUCGUCUGAUAAACAUGCUUAUAUUUUCCAACAACUCGUAAAUAAUAAAACAUCUGUUUCGGACGUGCCACCUUCAGUCAACAUAUUAGAAGCCCAUGGUGGACCAAUAAAAGGUCUACAUAUUGAGACAAGAUCGGGAGAUCCUUCUGCUUUUGCAGUUGCGUCAACACUGGCAUCUUUAUCGAAUCUCGGGAAAGAAUUAUCGCUUCUUCCUCCAUCAUCUCAGAAUGAUGAGGAUGCACGGCAGGGUUCUGAAUUGCCAUCUGUACCUGCUGCUUGUGAAGUCUUAGAUAAUGGUCUCUUGGAUUCUGACAUGAAGGACUCCUCUGACCAUAAUGACGAGCCUAUUGUUUCAUUGGGUGAGAAGAGCACCAUUCCAUCUUCUGACGUUGCCAAUGAAAACUUGAGUGUUGAUGCUGAGACUGGGAAGAUUAUAUCUGAAACCAGUGACUUGAGGCCCUUUCUACGCAUUCUUGCAGGAUCAACAGCUCCUGACGUGGAUAUCAGUGGUAGCAUUUCAAAAAUUCUCAAAGAGAAUAGGGGAGUAAGAAAUCGACACAAGGAUUCUGACCCUCUUAUUUCAGCAUCAUCAAGGCGUCAAGCAUUCAGAGAUGGUUUACAACAGGGGAUUCUUGAUUCCAAAUUUAUUGAUGUUUCAUUUGAAAAUUUUCCAUAUUAUCUAAGUGAAACCACGAAGAAUGUUCUAAUUGCUUCGACAUACAUACAUCUGAAGUGUAGUAAAUUUGCAAAGUUUACAACUGAUCUCCCUACGGUGUGUCCUAGAAUCUUAUUAUCUGGCCCUGCAGGUUCAGAAAUAUACCAGGAAACAUUGACCAAGGCACUUGCUAAACACACUGGCGCUAGGCUUCUUAUAGUUGAUACUAUUCUAUUGCCUGGUGGACAAACAACGAAGGAAGCUGAUCCUGUAAAAGAAAUUUCAAAGCCUGAAAGAGCAAGUGUAUUUGCUAAACGGGCUGCUGCUGCUGCUGCACUACAUCUCAAGAAACCAAUGUCAAGUGUUGAGGCUGAUAUGACGGGGGGAUCAACUUUAAGUUCUCAGGCUCAGCCAAAGCAGGAGGCGUCUACCGCUUCAUCAAAAUCCUGCACUUUCAAAAAAGGUGAUAGGGUGAAGUAUGUGGGUUCAUUACCAUCAGGGUUUUCUCCUCAAACGCCAAUAAGCUCUUUUCAUACACGUGGUAUUGUAUCUGUUCGGUGCAGAGGUCCAACAUAUGGUUAUAGAGGCAAGGUGAUACUUGCUUUUGAGGAAAAUGGUUCUUCUAAAGUUGGGGUUAGAUUUGAUAGAACAGUUCCAGACGGUACUGAUCUUGGGGGCCUCUGUGAAGAAGAUCAUGGUUUCUUUUGUGCAGCUGACUUAUUACGUCUAGAUAGCUCCAAUGCUGAUGAUGUUGACAAGCUUGCCAUUAAUGAACUCUUUGAGGUUGCUUCUGUAGAAAGUAAAAGUAGUCCGCUAAUUUUGUUUAUGAAAGACUUGGAGAAGUCCAUGGUUGGAAAUCCUGAGGCAUAUGCAGCCUUUAAAAGUAAGCUUGAAACAUUACCUGAUAAUGUUGUUAUCAUAGCUUCUCAUACUCAGACAGACAACCGAAAGGAGAAAUCCCAUUCUGGUGGAUUGCUGUUCACAAAAUUUGGAAGCAACCAAACGGCAUUGCUGGACCUUGCCUUCCCGGAUAAUUUUGGUAGGUUGCAUGAUCGAAGUAAAGAAACCCCAAAGACACUGAAGCAGCUCAGUCGUCUUUUCCCAAACAAAGUGACUAUACAGAUUCCUCAGGAUGAAACAGUACUAUUAGAAUGGAAAAAACAACUAGACAUUGAUAUUGAAACAAUGAAAUCAGAGUCAAAUAUUGGUAGCAUUCGCUCGGUUCUAAAUCAAAUCGGUCUUGAUUGUCCUGAUCUUGAAACUAUAUGCAUCAAAGACCAAGCUUUGACAACUGAAAGUGUUGAAAAAAUUGUUGGCUGGGCUUUAAUUCAUCAGUUGAUGCACUGUUCUGAAGUAUCAGUCGAACAGUCCAAACUUGCUAUUUCAAGCAAAGAUAUUAGAUAUGGGCUCAACAUUCUUCAGGGCAUUCUAAAUGAAAACAAGAAUUUGAAGAAAUCUCUCAAGGAUGUGGUUACCGAGAAUGAAUUUGAGAAAAGACUGCUUGCUGAUGUUAUUCCACCUGGUGAUAUUGGAGUUACUUUUGAUGACAUUGGAGCAUUGGAGAAUGUGAAGGAAACUGUGAAGGAAUUGGUAAUGCUACCGCUGCAAAGGCCAGAGUUGUUCGGCAAAGGACAGCUGACAAAGGUAAAAUGACUCGAUCUCUAAUUC